UUAGCUAUUAAAGAAGAGAGAAAGGAGGAGAUCCCUAUCCUAGGAUACCACCAGCAAUUUAGGGGGCAGACAGCCCCAAGCAGAUCAUUCUACCUCUCAGGCCCCAACUUCAUCCACAACCCCUUCCCUCUCAAAAUCUGAAGAUGAUCUUGGAAUAGCUGGCAGCAAUGCUCUGAGGAUGGAGUCCAGCGGAGGAGUGUGAAGGGCAGAACCGCCAAAACCAGUGCUGGAGAUAACCCCCCCCCCUACAGAAAAUCUUCCAAACAGACAGACACUCCGGCUUCCGGCAUCAUGGCCUCUGACCUGGAAAGCAGUCUCACUUCCAUAGACUGGCUCCCCCAGCUAACCCUGCGAGCUACUAUUGAGAAACUAGGGGGUUCCUCACAGGCGGGGCCCCCAGGGGCUGCCCGGAAAUGCCCCCCAGGCUCCCCCACUGACCCCAACGCCACGCUGAGUAAGGAUGAGGCUGCAGUGCACCAGGAUGGGAAACCACGCUACAGCUAUGCCACUCUGAUUACCUAUGCCAUCAACUCGUCGCCUGCCAAGAAGAUGACACUUAGCGAGAUCUACCGUUGGAUCUGCGACAACUUCCCCUACUACAAGAACGCUGGCAUCGGAUGGAAGAACUCCAUUCGCCACAACCUGUCUCUGAAUAAAUGUUUUCGAAAGGUGCCUCGACCGAGGGACGAUCCUGGGAAGGGUUCUUACUGGACAAUAGAUUCCUGUCCAGAUAUCUCCCGCAAGAGGCGGCACCCUCCAGAUGAUGAUUUGUCACAGGACUCCCCAGAACAAGAGGCAAGUAAGAGCCCACGGGGGGCUGUCUCAGUCAGCACAGAAGCCUCUCUGCCCCCUGAGGCUACCCCUCAGCUAUCACUGCAGAGCACCACACCCAUUGCCAGCUACAGUCAGCAGGGCACAGGGCCCGUGGAUGUGGCAGCCACUGUGGCGGGAGGGCAGGGCCGUGAAGGGGCAGAUGUGCCACCCCCACUCUACAGUACUAACCACGACUUCAAGUUCUCCUACUCUGAGAUCAACUUCCAGGACCUGAGCUGGUCUUUCCGAAACCUCUACAAAUCCAUGCUGGAGAAAUCAUCCUCUUCCCAGCACGGUUUCUCUUCUCUCCUUGGCGACAUGCAGCCUUCCAAUCACAACUACUAUAUGUACCAGCAGCAGCAGGGCCCCUCAUCAGUGGGGGCUGCUCCCCCACUCCACACCCCAAGCCCAGAGGGCUGUCCACCCCAGGGGGGCAAGCAGCAGGGUGGCGAUGGCUAUGGCCCCCCACCUGUGAUGUCCAUGCACCCACCCCCGAUGCAGCAUGGAGGGUACCACCAGCACCAGCAGCACCACCCGCACACCCACCCACAGCAGCAGCAGCACCAACACCAGCAGCACCAGCAGCAGCAGCAAUCACAGGCUUCAAUCAACAACGCUGGCUUUGCAUUCCCCCCUGAGUGGUGCUCCAACAUUGACUCCCUGAAGGAAAGCUUCAAGAUGGUGAACCGGCUGAACUGGUCUAGCAUUGAACACUCCCAAUUCUCAGAGCUGAUGGAGAGCUUGCGCCAGGCUGAGCGGAAGAACUGGACCCUGGAUCAGCACCACAUUGCCAACCUCUGCGACUCCCUCAAUCACUUUCUAACCCAGACUGGUCAGCUCCCUCACCUGGGGGGCCCUCAGCAGCCCCCCCGAAUCUCUGAUUCUUGCGCCCUGAAUAGUGGCAAGCAGGAGCAGUCCAUGAACCAAGUGAACUCUUAUGGUCAGCCUCAGCCUCCCCAUCUCUUCUCUGGGCCAUCUCCUAUGUACCAGAUUUCGACCCAGGACAAUCCAGGGUAUAAUCGCCCAGCUCACCAUCUGGUCCCCCGGCCUCCAGUCCCUCCUCCAGGCGCCAAUGAGGAAAUCCCUGACGAUUUCGACUGGGACUUGAUCACCUAGCGUGUUACAGACUUGAGAGCCCGUCCCUUGUGAGGGACCUGGGAGGGAAGGGGGGCAUGGGGUGAAAGGUCGCAGGUCCAGCUGCCCAUGCCUCCCUGCCUUGCCUGUAUAUAGAUAUAUAUUCUCUCUCUGCGCCAGAGAAGACACCGCAAGAUGCUGCCGAAGAUAAUCCUUCCUUGCGUCCUGUUUUACCUUUUUUUUUUUCUUUUGUUCAUUAUUAUUAUUAUCAGUAAUCGAGCACGGCUCUCCCCCACAUCAGAUCGGCUCCCCCACAUUGUGUGGUGCGCUGCGUGGGGUGGAGGGUGGAGAGAUGGCUCCCUGGUACCAUGACAAGACCUUGGAAGGCCGAAACCUCAAGAGCAUCUUUCUCUGCCUCCCUCAUUUUGCAUUUUACAAUCCCUCUUUGCUGGUGAAUCUGUUGUAUUGGCUACCGGGGUGAGAGAGCCUAGUGGACCCUGGGAGCCUGUAAUUAUGUUGUUUUGUAAAUGUUGUAAAGGUCAGGGGCUCAAAGGGACAUUGGAGGGGUGAUUUUAGCUCCAUGAUCAUUCUCACACCAGCAAGGGACGGCAAGAGGAAGAGGGAAGACCCUGAAGAUAAAGAAAACAGAAUCUCUGCAGGGGAUGAGCUACAGCUGGGAUUUGGGCCGAGCUGGGAGAGGGAGGCCCUGAGUGCAGAAAAAGGAGAGUUUCAAGCACAGAUGCAUUUGGGAUUCAGAGAACACUGCCAUUUGUAAGGAGAUCAGAGGGAAACUGACUUGUUUUCUGUGCUGACUUUUGUGGUCUCUGGGAAUGUGAAGCCCACCAGUCAAGUAGGGGAAGCUCAGCAGGUGUAUUUUGCACCAGCAUUGGGGGGAUCAGGUACAACACAUCAAAUAGCAUUCCCCAGGGCUUUUAACGUCACCAUUAGCCCCCCCCACCUCCCCGGCGCCCCUACAGAUAUGCAGUGAGGCUUUUAUUUGCAUCUCCAAAGAAGACACCUGCAAAUUAGGAAGCAUUCCCCCUACCUUCUCAGUUCUUGUUCAAGUUAGUUAUUCCCCCUGUUAAUUUCUUUGGAAACUGUCCUUGCCAGUGGUGUAAGGAUGCAAGCAAAGUGAGUCUUAUCUGCAUAAAUACCUGCUCAGUGGUUCCCACUGGGGAGCAAACCAAGGAUGGAAAGAAGAAGCCACUGCUCAAGAGUUGAGGGAGAUUUGGGGACUUGUAGGUUAGAGAAUGGAGUCGUCCUCCCAUUGCCACUUUUCCCCCAGCCCCAAUUUAAGAGGUGUGAGGCUUCACAGUUUGUACGUUUCAGAAGCAUAGAUGACAGGACAGGAGAUGUUUGUCAGAUAUUUAAACUGCACAGCCAAAGGGAGGAAUGGGGAGGAUGGGAAGAAGCACUGUUGAAGCAGAAAUGAGUGUUGAGCUGCCCUUUCCCCAGCUGUGUCCCCUGGCUGUCCCCCUGUUUCUAGCGUGGCUCUGUUCUGUCAAACUUCUUGUUUCCUCUUUCUGUUUUGUAGCCCCCUAGCCCCUGUUUACUGGUGAGGGGAACCAAGUUGGAAGCAAACCAUCAUGGGCACUCAACAUGCCAAGGGUGGGGGAGAUAAUUUAGCAUCACUAUAUAAUUUGCUGUUGAGAUAAACCAAUUGGAUCUUUGUCGGGAAGAUGGACAGUCUUGGAUUUGAUGGGGGGUGGGGGGUACUGUUUUUUGUUGUUUUUUUUUUUUAAGUGGGGGUAGUCAUCACUGAGCAUUCCCAAGAGAAGUGAGGAAUCCCAGAGCCGACUUCAGCAUGGAGUUAGCCAGCAGUUCGCUCUGCUGCCCAGGAUGGGAAUGAUAAGACCAGGAAGCCAUGUUCAGUUG